UGUACAGUGAGUUGAGUAAUGAACGCACAAGCGGCUGUCUGACUGUCUACGCGUCUCAUCAGUGCGCGUUCAGCGCGUCUUCUGCUGCCUCUACACACUGGGCUGGGAUAAGCCGACAGCGGCGUCAUGAUCUGCUGUCUUCCGCUUGCAGCGCAGCAACAACAACAACACUUUCAAACGUCUCGUAUUUAACCAGCGGACUGACUUCGGGGAACCGCAGCGGACGGUUAACGCAGCCGGCGAGGAUCUUGCGCAGUGGCGGCGGACACUUCGAGUGAUGUCGGCUGGCCGUCACUCUUGACAUCGGCCUCCCCUCUCAGACGCGCGACGGAAUGGGAUCAGUGCUUGUGAAGUGAAGAGACAUCGGAAUGUUCUUGUUUGUUGGAUCUUCAUCCCAGUGAGCAGUCUGUCUGUUUGCAGCGCAGGUCUCACUGACAGACAGACGCAACAUAUUGCUGCAACCCAAACCCCUCAGUUUCCUCUCCACCACCGGCCAAUCAAAUGCACUCAGAAAAUAAACUCACCAAUCAUGGCAAGCAAGUGACUAGUGGGGCCCAAUCACAGCUUCCUAAUGUAAACCAAGCGCAGCAGCAAGGACCUGCUGGCACCCAGGGUACAAAGAGCAGUGGGUCCGGGAACCAUGGAGCCAAAUCCAACCAGAUUUCUCCUGGCAACCCUGGAUUGAAGAGCCUCAGUCAAUCAAGCGCUGGCGUUGGAGUAGGUGGGAUAAUGAAGACCAAGGCCAAGAGGGAAAGGAGCGUCUCCAUGGAUACAGGAGACCAAAGAGAGUCAAUCACUCCUGUGUUGGAGCCUGAUGUCAAAGUAGAGGGCGUGAUGCGCAGCAAACGCCGGUGUGUGUUGGAGAGAAAACAGCCGUACAGUGGUGAUGAAUGGUGCUCUGGGGCUGAAACCGAGGAAGAGGAUGAGAAACCUCUAUCUACCACACAUCGAGAGCAUGUGAUGUGUCCUAGUCAGGCUCACUCUGGUUCAUCUACAACUGGUCCUGUAAAUGAUCCAGGAGGUCCAGGUUUGGGCUCUGGUCACGGACCCGGUAUUCGCCCAGACCUGCAUUCUCGCCCAACUCAGCAAAUCUUGUAUGUUUUUACCACCAGCCUAGCCAACAGCGCUGCAGAAGCAGUGAUGCAUGGCCACACAGAUUCCAUUCUCUUGUAUCACCAGCAGAAUGUCCCCCGCUCCAAGCUGGACCAGUCUAUUGGAGUUGGAAAACUCACCAACCUAAGUGAACAGAUCAGCUCUAGUCACACUCCACCCAUUGGCACACCCAAAUCCCAAAGCGGUACACCCCGGCCAGCUUCUGUUGGUGUUGUGGGAGGACAUCUUCCAGGUACCAGCACUCCUUCCACAGGCCAUCCAGAUGGUGAGCCAACCCAAAGUCAUAGAGGAGGAGGAAUGACAGGGAGCAACAGCCGCUCUGCGGUUCAUUCGAUGGGUCCAGGAGGUGCUGGCCCGCAGUCUGUAGGGAUUUCUGGAUCAGAUGGACUGGACAGGCCAGGUACAGUUCCCCACCAUGGUGCAGGUGUGUCUCCUUCCUCAAGUCCUGCACACCGCCAGGGUGAGCCAGGCCAGCAAGGAGGACCGGGAAACACAGAUGGCCUCUCUAAGGAGCAACUGGAGCAUCGUGAACGCUCCUUGCAAACUCUUCGAGACAUUGAGAGGUUGCUUCUCCGUAGUAGUGCUGGUGCAGGUCAUGAGGAACCAAGAGGCCCUAACAGCAACCCUAAUGGCACUAAUGGCAACAACAAUAAUAGUAAUGAUGGCGUUAGAGGGUUGGAAGAUGGAGAAAAUGGUGGGGGCGGUACUGAUAACUACCACAAUAACAAUGCUGGUAUGCCGCCUGGUGGAAUGAAAAAGUAUGAGGAACCAUUACAGUCCAUCAUCUCACAAACACAGAAUAUUGGUGGUCCUGGAUUGGAUGAAUCACUUAUGGGCCCACACCAUGGUAUGCCACCACACUCUCACCAUCUUUCCUCACCCUCAGGGUUAGAUAUGGGGCCACUGAUGGGGCCUGAAGGAGUUACGCCAGAGCAGCUUGCUUGGAGGAAGCUGCAGGAAGAAUACUACCAAGAGAAAAGGCGACAACAGGAGAUUAACCCUCACCAACAUCCUCAGCAUUUUCGCAUGAUGUCAGAGAUGGGCAUGCCUGGUGGCCCUCCAAUGCUCAUAAGGGGCCCCCCACCCCCAUAUCACAGUAAACCUGGUGAUCAACAGUGGGGGCCAGGGCCAAUGGUAGGGGGAGGAAUGGGAGGGAAUGCUAGAAUAAUGGACAUGCAUCAUGAGGGCCCUCGAGGGCCAAGGUUUCUUGGACAGAUGCGAGGCCCCUCGGGUGGUGGAGGAUACCCAGAAAGCCCUGGGGGAGUUUUAGCCAUGGAAGGGUUAGGGCCUCAAAGACCUUCAAGGCCAGGCAUGGGUUGGUUAGACGAAAUUCCCCCAAACAUGGGUGGUGGAGGUCCAUUUCAUGGGUGUUACCCUCCAGGGGGACCUGGUGGACCUCAGCAUUUUCAGGGAGAUUUGGAUCGCCCUCUAACACGGGAAGAGAUGUUUCGCAGACUACACAUGCAUCAAAUAUCUAGGCAGCAACAGCAAGCAGGGCUUGGAGGUCCGAGGAUGAUGGAUAACACUGGAGGACCAGGCUUUCCUAAUCCUGGAAUGGGAGGUGGGCAACCCUCCCGUGGCGAUCCAAUGGACUUUCCUGGUUCGCGGGCUAUAAUGGGCUCUCCCAUUGGUGGAGUAGGUAAUGACAGUGGCCCUACAAUGCGAGACAUAAUAGACUCUCCCUUGGGAGGUAAUCUAAACAUGAAUAUGGGCAUGAACAUGAAUCCGCAACAGCAGUUGUUGGCACAGAAGCUUAGGGGAGGUCCUGGACUUGGUGGCCCUCUUGGGGAGAUGUUGAACCCAGAAGACAUCUCUCGCAUUAGGGCUACACAAAAUGGUCGUGCUAACAAAGGAAUGAUCCCUGGUCCAGAAGGACCCCUUCAGUUUCCCAACCAGAGCUCAUUUCCUGGUAGUCAAGGUGAUGGCUCAUAUAUUCACCAACCAGGCCCUGAGAUGUUUGUAACAGAUCAACCAGGCCCCCCCCACAUGCACAGUACCACAAGACUUAGUCACAUUCCAAUGAACAGUGGCUCAAGGGGUAUAGAUCUUGGUAACCGACAUCCUCCUGACUUGUCCAUUAGUGUUAAUCCAAUAGGGUCCCCAGCCAUACCUCCAUCUCACCAGCUCAAAUCACCUUCUCUUAGCCAGGAGCCAUCACCUCUCAUGCCUUCACCUUCUGCAGCAGGCCUGAAAUCACCCAGCCACUUAGCACAGAGUGGUCCUCCUCACCCACCUCUACCAGCAGCUUCAGGGGCUGGAACUCCCUCCUCCAGCUCUAUCAAGUCCCCCCAGGUCAUGGGCCCUUCCAUUGGUCUUCGGUCACCAUCUGGCUCUCCUGGCCACCUUAAAUCUCCAUCCAUGCCUGUCGCUUCACCUGGCUGGACUGCCUCACCCAAGACAGCUAUGCCCAGUCCUGGGGGGGCAUCUAGUGUAAAGGUUGCCGGGAGCAGCUCCACGGAUACAGGCAUGUCUCUGCCACCUAGGAGUUCAAACUCAACACCCAUCAGUCAACCACCCAACUCUAUCAAUUCAAGUUUGCCUUUCACAUCCUCACCAGAUGCCCCCCCAUCCCAGAAUCCUCUUUCCCUUAUUAUGUCUCAGAUGUCAAAGUAUGCCAUGCCUAGCUCCACUCCACUUUACCAUGAAGCCAUCAAGACAAUUGCUACAUCAGAUGAUGAGAUGCUACCCGAUAGACCUCUCAUGCCUGGAAUCAACAUGUCAGGAAACAUGGGAAAUCAUCAGUCUGCGCAAAUGCUGCUUUCCUCCCAGGGUUCAUUGGGACCUCACAGUGGUCCGCAGAGUCCCAUGGGAAUGGUUCUCCAAGGAGGUCAGCAGCUAUCACAUGACCCGUCUGGGCCCAUGCUCCCAUCCCCUAACACAAUGGGCAUGCCAGGAAUGGCCUCAGCAAUAAUGGGAGGUGGCGGGGGACCUCCUGAUGGAAUAGGAUGUAAUGUUUCCCCACUUCACCCUCAGAACCAAAUGGGGGGAUUCCCUCGAAUGCAGGGACCUCUUCAUUCCCCUAUUGGUAUGGGACAACAGUACCCUCAACGCCCUGAUGAUGUUCUACCCCCUCAACAGAUGCACCUUCUAAAUAAAGGCAUGUCUCACCAGCGACCUCCUCACCAAUCAGACUCUUUUCCAUCCUUAUCCAUGGGUGAUGGUCCAGACCUGAGUGAGGUCAUCAGGCCCACACAUACAGGCAUUCCCGAGUUUGACCUUUCCCGUAUCAUUCCUUCGGACAAGCCCAGCAGCACCCUACAGUACUUCCCCAAGAGUGAAGCCAUGUCCCAGCAGAAUCCUCACCAGGGUCAACCGCCUCAACAGGCUUCUUCUGCUCAACUUCUCAAGCAGCUCUCCUCAUCUGGACCGCCCCAUAGUGUCCCAUCCUCCAACCCCCACCUUGCUAACCUACAGAACAUGAUGGCUGAGCAGCAGCUGCCUCUACACCCAUCACAAACACAUUGUGGAAUGCGCCCAGGUAUGGGCAUGCCUCAGAUUGGCUCAAGGGGCAUGGGUUCAGGUGUUGGGAUGGGGCCCAUUUGCCACCCAGGGCAUAUGAUGGGCAGGACAGGCAUGUCUCCACAACAGCAGCUUCAGCAACAACACCAUCAUCAGCAGCAGCAGGCCAUGAUGGCUAACAACCUCUUACAACACCCCUCCCACCCUCCCCGCGGCAUGCUUUCUCCACAGCAGCACCCUCAUAAUCUCAUGGCCCAGCAGAAUCUGAUGAUGAUGCAGGCUAAGCAGCGGGGCAUGGCCCUGCCCGGGGAGCACUUUGGCCAACAGGGCCCCCUCAUGUCUCCUCAGGGGCCUAUGAUGGGACCCCCACAUUCACAGUCAGGCAUGAUGGGCCCUCAGAGUCUUAGACAAAGGAGCAUGUCACUGGACAGCCCAUUGGGUUACGGACCUGGAAAUAUGGCCAACAUGCCCUUUUAAUUGGGCUUCUUUAGAAAACUGUAAAAACUUUGUUUCUUACUGGUUACGUUUUCAUUGCUGUCGAUUUAACUGUGGCAUCAAAUGCUAAAAGCAUUGCUUUCAGUUAUAUUUUCUUGAUGCUGAAGUGAACUUUGGGAGAAAAGCUAGCUGUUGAGGAAUAUCAUUACAAUUAAGUAAAAUCUAAAGCCAUUUUUAAAGAUAUUUGUAAGAUAUGUAUAUUUCUAAUUAAUGUGUUUGAUUGCAAAGGUGAAAGCAGAAAAAGCCUAUGGGUUUUUAAGUUCUACUUACAUUCUGGCUACCAAACUGUUGUGGAAGGUAAUAUAUAAAUAUCUAUAUAUUAAUAUAAAGUAUAUAUAUAUAUAGUUGCUGUAAAUAAGAUGCAUUUUGUGCUUGUUUGCAACUGUUCUGUAUACUGUGUUUUAUUAGAAAUAUAAUAACAAAUAAGAAAAAGAUUCUGUUCAGCAA